UCCGCCUUGGCUGUGUUCCUGAGCUCUGGCCCAGCCAUGAUCCUACUCCUUGCACUGCUCACUGAGCUUGGAAGGCUGCAUGCCCGCAUGGAUUCUGAAGGAAUAUUUCUGCAGGUGACAGUUCCACAUAAAAUAAAGUCAAGUGAGAGUGAAGGUAUAAAGAGGCAGGUGAUUUAUAUCAUUACAAUUGAUAAAAAAUCAUAUACUCUGCAUCUCACAAAAAGCUCAUUCUUAUCCCAGGACUUUUUGGUUUAUACAUUUAAUGAAACUGGAUCUUUGCAUACUGAUUCUUCAUAUUUUAAGAUGCAUUGCCAUUACCAAGGAUAUGCUGCAAACUUUCCAAAUUCAGCUGCAACACUCAGCAUAUGUUCUGGUCUCAGGGGAUUCCUUCAGUUUGAAAAUAUCAGCUAUGGAAUUGAACCAUUGGAAUCUUCAGCAAGAUUUGAGCACAUAAUUUAUCAAGUAAAAAAUAACAAUACAGAUAUACCAAUGUUAGUAGAAAAUUACAGCAAUAUUUGGCAGAAAAAACAGACCUAUAAAGAUUAUUUAAGCUCACAGGAAAUAACUCUUUCAAAACUAUUACCCCAAUAUCUAGAAAUGCAUAUUAUAGUGGAAAAAGCUUUGUAUGAUUAUAUGGGGUCUGAAAUGAUGGCUGUAACCCAGAAAAUUAUCCAAAUUAUUGGCCUUGUGAACACUAUGUUUACUCAAUUAAAAUUGACUGUGAUACUGUCCUCCUUGGAAUUGUGGUCAGAUAAAAACCAAAUUUCUACCAACGGGGAUGUUGAUGAAUUAUCAAAAAGAUUUUUGGCAUGGAAAAGGGAUUAUCUUAUCCUACGGCCCCAUGACAUAACAUUCUUACUUAUUUACAGGAUACAUCCUAAAUAUAUGGGAGCAACAUUUUCUGGCAUGAUAUGCAAUAAAAGCUAUGAUGCUGAUAUUGCUGUGUAUACAGAUGCAAUAACUUUGGAAGGAUUUUCAGUUAUCAUAGCUCAAUUACUUGGCCUUAAAAUAGGCCUAACAUAUAACAACAACAAUGAGUGUUCUUGUCCAAGAGCUACAUGCAUAAUGAACCAUGAAGCAGUGGGUUCCAGUGGUGUAAAGAUUUUUAGCAACUGUAGCAUGCAUGCCUAUAGAUAUCUUGUUUCAAAAUUUGAUGCUAAAUGUCUUCAGAAAUUUCCAAAUUUUCAACCAUUAUAUAAAAAUCAAUCAGUGUGUGGUAAUGGGAUUUUGGAACUUAAUGAAGAAUGUGACUGUGGCAGUGAAGAGGAAUGUCAGUUUAAGAAUUGCUGUGAUUAUAACACAUGCAAACUGAAAGGCUCAGUAAAAUGUGGUUCUGGACUAUGCUGUACACCAGAAUGUCAGAUAUCAGUAGCAGGCACUCCAUGUAGAAAGAGUACCGAUCAAGAGUGUGAUUUUACAGAGUACUGCAAUGGAACUUCUAGUGAUUGUGUUCCUGACACUUACGCAUUGAAUGGCCACUUGUGCAGUUUGGGAACUGCAUUCUGUUAUAAGGGACGAUGCCAAAAUACUGAUUAUCAGUGUGCCAACAUAUUUGGAAAAGGUGCUCAAGGUGCUCCAUUUGCCUGUUUUGAAGAAAUUAAUUCUUUUCGUGAUAGCUUUGGAAACUGUGGUUUUAAAAAUUCACAACCAUUACCUUGUGAACCAAAGGAUGUUCUCUGUGGAAAAUUAGCUUGUGUUUGGCCACAGAAAAAUAAUUAUAAAAAUAAUAUUCAGUAUGCAGUUUAUUCAUAUACUCAAGGGCAUGUAUGCUUAUCCAUCCCUACUGGAUUAUCAAUGAGAUCAGAUACAAGAGAUUAUGGCUAUGUGGCUGACGGUACUGUGUGUGGCACACAAAUGUAUUGUGAAAAUAAAACCUGCAGAGAAAUUCAUUCAAAGAGAUAUAACUGUAAUCCCACUACAAAAUGCAAAGGAAAUGGGAUAUGUAAUAAUUUGGGCAAUUGCCAUUGCUUUCCUGGCUAUCGGCCUCCAGAUUGUGAAUUUCAAAUAGGUUCACCAGGAGGAAGUAUUGAUGAUGGAAAUGUUCAGAAAUCUGCUAUAGUUGUUAUUAAAAAAGACUACAAUGCACAUCAGAACAACUGGCGUUUUCUUAGCUUCUUCCUUGCUUUGCCCUUUUGUAUAUAUUCCAUCAUUGCAAUCAAGAAUCUAAAUGAAAUAAAGAAACUCUGCAACAGAAAGAUCCCAGAAUUUGAUGGGCAAGGGGGAAAAAAAAAACACAGAAAAAAAACCCACAGAUGGAACUAUAUCAGACUAAAAAGCUUUUGCAUUGCAAGGAAACCGUCAACAAAAUGAGAAGACAACCUAUUAAACUGAAGGAUAUAUCUAAACUAAUAAAAGGCAAUUCAACCACUGUACCAGAAAGCACUGAUGUGGACUCAGUAGUGCCAAGAACUCCACAGACAACGGCCAUCUUCUAUAGGAGAAAGUGAUCCCUGAAGGCCUUUAAAAUAUCAGCUUGGGGGAAAUAAAGCUUAUGGCAGGA